UUUAUGCCUGGCAAAACCCAGCCUGGAACAUGGGGAGAAGUCACCCACCCAGCACUUUUACUACUCCCAGUAAGAGCCGUCCCGGAUCAGCUAUGACAGCCAUGCUAAACCUCAAGGUGUCAGUUACGAAUAGCUGCUGCUGACACAUAAAAUACCGGCUCUUACUUGACCGAGGCCAGGAACCUCAGUGACGCAUACCUUCCAUCCACGAUAAUUCCAGGUACAUUCUUACACUACAUAAGUAGACAAAUGUCCUUCAGAAGUCUGGGAAAGCAGGGUAAACCACCCCAAUUCAAAGCUAACCAUACGGUCACCAGCAUCUUUUCUAUUCCAAGAGUCGUGCUGGGUUUUGCCCCUUGCUUGGGCCAGACAUAGCUAUCACCCAUGCAGCUAUCAGUCCUCCACAUAUCAGGACUUUCCGUGUCACUGAUGGGACACAGAGCCCCUCAUGACUGAGUGAAGAGGCUCGAUGACAGCAGGACAAAAAACAAUCUCUGUGAAUGUCCCAAUCUGGACGGGAGCAGAGGAGGGGAGGAAACUAAAAGUGUGGGGGAGAUUAAGGAUGGGCAGUCGGUGCUGGCUCUAGACUUUGUAUUUCUCAAGAAUGGUGGGUCCCGGCAUGUCGUACUGACUACCACACCGACUGUAAACGUUUAAGAACAGAAGGCAACAAGAUGUUCCAUUCCUUCAUACGACAGGCUACGGCCUCCUACAAGCCAAUGGGGAAGGAUGUGGCGCCCCGUCCCAGUUUGUUCUGGAAGGGAAACAUGGUGACCGAGACGGAGCUGGAUUACAUCCAUGUCCCUGCUGGAGGCUCGAAUUAUACGAACCCACUCCCUGCGUUGGGCACCAUGAAUUCUACCCCUGGCCUGGCGACAGAGCACAUUGCAUCUCCAGGUGCUGCCCUCUCCUGGCAGGCUGCCAUUGAUGCUGCUCGUCAGGCUAAGUUAAUGGGCAGUACGGCCAAUGCCACCAUAUCCACGGUCAGUUCCACACAGAGGAAAAGACAACAAUACAGCAAGCAGAAAAAGCAAGGAGCCACAACGUCGACGAGACCGCCACGAGCAUUACUCUGUCUCACGCUGAAAAACCCCAUCCGCAGGGCUUGUAUCAGCAUCGUGGAGUGGAAACCCUUUGAAAUCAUAAUUUUACUCACUAUCUUUGCCAACUGCGUGGCCUUAGCUGUGUAUAUUCCCUUCCCGGAGGAUGACUCCAAUGCCACCAACUCCAACUUGGAGCGGGUAGAAUAUCUAUUCCUCAUCAUUUUCACAGUGGAAGCUUUUCUUAAAGUUAUUGCAUAUGGGCUGCUCUUUCAUCCCAACGCAUACCUCCGCAACGGCUGGAACUUGCUGGAUUUCAUCAUUGUGGUAGUAGGGCUUUUCAGUGCAAUUUUAGAGCAAGCAACCAAGGCAGAUGGUGGCAGCGCCCUGGGAGGCAAAGGGGCAGGAUUCGAUGUGAAAGCGCUUCGAGCAUUUCGAGUCCUCAGACCCCUUAGACUGGUUUCCGGGGUACCUAGUCUUCAGGUGGUGCUGAAUUCUAUAAUUAAGGCCAUGGUUCCCCUGCUGCACAUUGCGCUGCUUGUCUUAUUUGUAAUCAUCAUCUAUGCUAUCAUCGGCCUGGAGCUGUUUAUGGGCAAAAUGCACAAAACCUGCUACUUCCUGACCAACAAAGAAGUUCCUGCAGAAGAGGAGCCGUCACCCUGCGCUCUCACUAGCAAUAAUGGUCGCCACUGUCCUAAUGGGUCCGUGUGUGAGUCUGGGUGGGACGGACCAAAGCAUGGCAUUACCAAUUUCGACAACUUUGCAUUUGCCAUGCUCACUGUCUUCCAGUGCAUCACCAUGGAGGGAUGGACAGAUGUGUUAUACUGGAUGCAGGAUGCCAUGGGGUAUGAACUGCCGUGUGUUUACUUCGUCAGCCUCGUCAUCUUUGGAUCAUUUUUCGUACUGAACCUGGUUCUCGGUGUGCUGAGUGGGGAGUUUUCUAAGGAGAGGGAGAAGGCCAAGGCACGGGGCGACUUCCAGAAAUUGAGGGAGAAACAGCAACUGGAAGAAGACUUGAAAGGUUACCUGGACUGGAUCACCCAGGCUGAAGAUAUAGACCCUGAAAAUGAAGAUGAAGAUAUCGACGAGGACAAACCUCGAAACAUGAGUAUGCCCACCAGUGAGACAGAGUCUGUAAAUACCGACCAUGUGGUUGGCGGAGAUGUGGAAGAAGAGAGCUGUGGAGUCCGGUUGGCACACAGGAUUUCCAAGUCUAAAUUUAGUCGUUAUUGGCGGCGAUGGAACAGGUUUUGCAGGAGAAAGUGCCGAGCAGCAGUGAAGUCAAAUGUAUUCUACUGGCUGGAUUUCCUAGUGUUCCUGAACACACUCACCAUCGCCUCCGAGCACUACAAUCAGCCGGACUGGCUCACAGAGGUACAAGACACAGCAAACAAAGUCCUCUUGGCGCUUUUCACGGCUGAGAUGCUCCUGAAGAUGUACAGUCUCGGGCUCCAAGCUUACUUUGUUUCCCUCUUCAACCGAUUUGACUGCUUCAUUGUUUGUGGGGGGAUUCUAGAGACCAUACUGGUGGAGACCAAAAUCAUGUCCCCUCUUGGAAUCUCUGUCCUGCGAUGUGUGCGCCUUCUCAGGAUAUUCAAGAUCACCAGGUAUUGGAAUUCUUUGAGUAAUCUUGUUGCCUCGCUGCUGAAUUCGGUGCGCUCCAUAGCAUCUCUGUUGCUUCUUCUCUUCCUCUUCAUCAUCAUCUUCUCCUUGCUUGGGAUGCAACUUUUCGGGGGUAAAUUUAACUUUGAUGAGAUGCAAACUCGCAGGAGUACAUUCGACAACUUUCCUCAGGCGCUUCUGACUGUUUUCCAGAUCCUCACAGGAGAGGACUGGAAUUCUGUAAUGUACGAUGGGAUCAUGGCAUACGGUGGACCCUCAUUUCCUGGAAUGCUUGUCUGUAUAUAUUUCAUCAUCCUCUUCAUCUGCGGGAAUUAUAUCCUCCUGAAUGUCUUCUUGGCCAUUGCUGUUGAUAAUCUGGCUGAUGCCGAGAGUCUGACGUCAGCUCAGAAGGAGGAGGAGGAAGAGAAGGAGAGAAAGAAAUUGGCUCGAACGGCCAGCCCGGAGAAAAAGCAAGACAAUGACACCAUAGGAAAGUCACCUGUGCCAGCCCUGGAGGAGAACAAAGAAAAGAUAGAGCUGAAGGCAAUCACGGCAGAUGGAGAGUCUCCACCAGCAACCAAGAUCAACGUGGAGGAAUAUCCAUCUCAUGAGAACGAUGAGAAAUCUUCUUUCCCCGGCAGCAAUGACAACCCAGGUGAAGAGGAAGAGGAAGAACCUGAGAUGCCUGUUGGUCCUCGACCUCGUCCUCUUUCUGAAUUGCACAUCAAGGAAAAAGCAGUACCCAUGCCCGAGGCCACUGCAUUCUUCAUUUUCCGAGCGGAUAACAAGUUCCGACUCCAUUGCCACAGAAUUGUCAACAAUAACAUCUUCACUAACCUGAUCCUCUUCUUCAUCCUCCUGAGCAGCAUCUCGUUGGCCGCAGAAGACCCUGUACGGCACACUUCCUUCAGGAAUCAAAUUCUAGGAAAUGCUGAUUACGUGUUCACUAGCAUUUUUACUUUAGAAAUCAUCCUUAAGAUGACAGCAUACGGGGCAUUCUUGCACAAGGGAUCAUUCUGCAGGAAUUACUUUAACAUUCUGGACCUGCUAGUCGUCAGCGUCUCCCUCAUCUCAUUUGGAAUACAGUCGAGCGCUAUCAACGUGGUGAAGAUUUUGCGGGUUCUGCGAGUAUUAAGACCACUCAGGGCCAUUAACAGAGCUAAAGGCCUCAAGCACGUGGUCCAGUGUGUGUUUGUGGCCAUCCGCACCAUCGGUAAUAUCGUGAUUGUUACUACUCUGCUGCAGUUCAUGUUUGCAUGCAUCGGGGUACAGCUGUUCAAGGGUAAGCUCUACAGUUGCUCAGACAGCUCGAAGAUUACAGAAGACGAGUGCAAAGGAAGGUACAUCACCUACAAGGAUGGCGAUGUGUCACAGCCAUUGAUUCUGGAUCGGAACUGGGAGAACAGUAAAUUUGACUUUGAUAACGUUCUAGAUGCCAUGAUGGCGCUUUUCACCGUCUCCACCUUUGAGGGCUGGCCAGAGCUGCUGUAUAGAGCCAUUGACUCCCACACUGAGGACAUAGGUCCCAUCUACAACCACCGAGUGGAGAUUUCCAUCUUUUUCAUCAUCUACAUCAUCAUAAUUGCCUUCUUCAUGAUGAACAUUUUCGUAGGUUUCGUCAUUGUCACAUUUCAAGAGCAAGGAGAACAAGAAUAUAAGAACUGUGAGCUGGACAAGAACCAGCGUCAGUGUGUGGAGUACGCCCUGAAGGCCCGUCCACUACGAAGGUACAUACCCAAGAACCAGUACCAGUAUAAAGUGUGGUAUGUGGUCAACUCCACCUACUUUGAGUAUCUGAUGUUCGUGCUGAUCUUGCUCAACACCAUCUGUCUGGCCAUGCAGCACUAUGGACAGAGCUGUUCUUUCAAGGAAGCCAUGAACAUCCUCAACAUGGUGUUCACCGGCCUCUUCACUGUGGAGAUGAUCCUGAAACUCAUUGCAUUUAAGCCAAAGGGUUAUUUUAGUGACCCUUGGAAUGUCUUUGAUUUUCUGAUCGUCAUUGGCAGCGUAGUAGACGUCAUUCUCAGCGAGACGAAUACAGGUGAACAUGCCCAAUGCCACAAUAUGCAGGGUGAGGAAAACUCGCGGAUCUCCAUCACCUUCUUCAGGCUUUUUCGUGUUAUGAGGCUGGUGAAGCUCCUCAGUCGUGGGGAGGGAAUCCGGACUCUUCUUUGGACGUUCAUCAAAUCUUUUCAGGCGCUCCCGUAUGUGGCUCUCCUAAUUGUUAUGCUGUUUUUUAUCUACGCUGUUAUUGGUAUGCAGGUUUUCGGGAAGAUUGCACUAAACGACACCACACAUAUUAACCGGAAUAAUAAUUUCCAGACCUUUCCACAGGCCGUCCUGCUACUCUUCAGAUGUGCGACCGGUGAAGCCUGGCAGGAUAUCAUGCUGGCUUGUCUCCCCAACAAGAAGUGUGAGCCGGAAUCUGAGACUCACCAACCUGAAGAGGACUACUCCUGUGGCAGCAGUUUUGCAGUCUUCUAUUUCAUCAGCUUUUAUAUGCUCUGUGCUUUCCUGAUCAUCAACUUGUUUGUUGCAGUCAUUAUGGAUAAUUUUGACUAUCUGACGAGAGAUUGGUCCAUAUUGGGUCCUCAUCAUUUAGAUGAAUUCAAAAGGAUUUGGGCAGAGUAUGAUCCGGAGGCUAAGGGUCGUAUCAAGCACUUGGAUGUAGUAACACUGCUAAGACGGAUUCAGCCACCAUUAGGAUUUGGGAAACUGUGUCCGCAUCGCGUGGCAUGCAAGCGUUUAGUCGCCAUGAACAUGCCUUUGAACAGCGAUGGUACGGUCAUGUUUAAUGCAACGCUGUUUGCUUUAGUUCGGACUUCUCUAUGCAUUAAAACUGAUGGUAACCUAGAACAAGCUAAUGAAGAGCUCAGGGCUAUUGUUAAAAAGAUCUGGAAAAGAACCAGCAUGAAACUCCUGGAUCAGGUGGUGCCCCCUGCUGGAGACGAUGAAGUUACUGUUGGAAAGUUUUACGCCACAUUCCUGAUUCAGGAAUAUUUUCGGAAAUUCAAGAAACGCAAAGAGCAAGGAUUGGUAGGAAAACCUUCCCAGCGCAACGCUCUCUCGCUGCAGGCUGGGCUGCGCACGCUGCAUGAUAUCGGGCCUGAGAUUCGCAGAGCUAUUUCUGGAGACCUGACUGCAGAGGAAGAGCUGGACAAAGCCAUGAAGGAAGCCGUGUCUGCAGCGUCAGAGGACGACAUCUUCAGGAGAGCAGGAGGUUUGUUUGGGAAUCACGUCAGCUACUACCAAAGUGAAGUACGAAGUGCGUUCCCACAAACCUUCACCACACAACGACCGCUUCACAUCAACAAGACUUCUGGGGGUCCUGGGGACCUUGAUUCCCCAUCUCAUGAGAAGCUUGUAGACUCUAACUUUACUCCAAGUAGUUACUCAUCUUCUGGUUCCAAUGCCAACAUCAACAAUGCCAACAAUACAGCUUUGGUACGUCUUCCCAACCUGCUCCCAUUCCAGAGCACCAUCAGCACUGUAGAAGGACAGAGCUGCCCAGUUCGUACUCGUGGAUCAUGGAAACUUGGUUCCAAGAGCUCAGUGUCCAGAGACAGUCGUCUGCCAAUCAUAUGUCGGGAGGAGGCAUCACAAGAUGAGACAUAUGAUGCCGGUGAAGAAGUGGAGUACAGUAGUGAGCCCAGUCUGCUUUGUUCUGACAUGUUUUCUGAUCGAGAUGAGGAGAGUCGUCAGUUGACACCAUCAGAAGGAGAGAUGGAGGGAGGGUUGUGUCCAUCUCCUAAGAGGAGCUUCCUGCGGUCAGCCUCACUAGGCAGGAGGGCAUCAUUCCAUUUGGAGUGUCUACGGAGGUAUCGGAAUCAAGGAGGUGACACCUCACCUAAAGCUGUCCUGCCACAGCUGCAUCUGGUGCACCAUCAGGCAUUAGCAGUAGCUGGCCUCAGCCCUCUACUACGAAGGAGUCACUCACCAACAGCAUUUUCACGCCUCUGCUCCACACCGCCUGCCACACCCUGCUCCCGAGGGUGGUCGCAACAGACUGUGCCAGCACUGAGGCUACAAGGAGAACCAGGGCCCAAAGACAGUUUAAACAGCAGCUUCCCUUCCGUGCACUGCAGCGACUGUAACCUCGGCCGAGACCGACCAGCCUCCCUCACAGUUCCUCGCCACUCGCGAGACCAGAGGCGGCAGCACCACGGCAGUGCAAGCAGUUUGGUGGAAGCGGUGCUGAUCUCUGAAGGUUUGGCGCAGUUUGCUCAGGAUCCCUGCUUCUUGCAGGUGGCAACACACGAGCUGGCAGAUGCCUGUGACAUGACGAUAGAGGAGAUGGAAUCUGCAGCUGACAGCUUCUUGAAUAGCAAUCCCAGCCCAAACGGGAAACUCUCACCUUUCACCAAACGCAGGGACCAGGGGCUGGACUACGCAGGGGUUGGGUCAGAUGAGCCUGGACACUCAGCGGGUUGUGCGAACAGCGAAGGCGACCAGGAGGACUGCCGAGUAUACAUAAGCAGCCAGUAGCCAGCAAGCCUCACAUAGACAAGAGCCGUAGUAAAUGCCAAUUUGUCAGAGGGUGGAUGUUGCAGGAGGAGUUUUGUGCUCCUUCUUCGGUUUCUUUCUCUUUUUUUCGGUGUUCCUAAUGAGUUUGUUUCAGAAGUGCCUCACUGUUCUCGUGACCUGGAGUGACCAGAACAGCGUUCUUCAUCCAUUUUAGUUGGGCCGGGAGGGGGGGAGGGAAGACAUCCAGAGCUGACUUUAUUUCUACGUUAAGGGAUUGGAGGACCCGCUGGAAUCCUUUUGGGGGGUCACCUGGCAUCUUGGAUCCUUCAAAUUAAAAAUUUAAAGCUAAGGAUGGAUCUUCGGAGAAACCUUGAACACGCAGCUGAUCACAUGUUUGCCUGCAGUUUUUAUUUUUAUCGUAAAAUACAUUAAUCCUCAAAGUUUUUCUGAAAAUGAAUUUGCAGUUGCAAACCGUUUUGAAGCUCCUGCUGCAUCAUCCAACAUUGUCUCUGCUGCUAAGAAAAAUGGUGUCAUCCAGCUAAUCCUUCCCUUUAAAUACAAUGUAUUUGGUGCAGCUGUCACGUUUCAGUGCCGUUCCUUACUGUUUUAUGAUUGGCUGUCCCUGCUGGAUGAUGCAGAUGGAUCAUUUCAUAACAUUGGAGUUGAAAGGUUUUGGUGGAAACGUGAAGAGUAUAAAAGUUUGAAGGGUUGCCAUGUUUUUAUUCGGUAUGGAAACUUCUACCUUUCACAUUUGUAUAUGGUUUCCACAGGGCAAACACCUUUAUUAAUAAUGAUUAAUGCAGACAGUGCCACCUGUCCGCAAAGAAGAUCCCUUACCAUUUCAGAACCUUGGGCCCAUUAGCUUAAGUUUUUGUAAUCAUGAGAAUAAGUUUCACAAAACAUUAAAGAGGUUUUCCGUGGCUUUGACUACAUUCUAACAUUCAGACAACCUGUGGAAGGAAGAUCGUUUUACCACUACUUACCAUUCCAUUGCGCCACCGAUUCUACAAUCUGAACUGUGCUCACGUGACCGCCAGAAUCUGGCAGUGUGCUCUUCCUCUGACUUCCGCUGUAUAAUGUAUAGGCAGUUGAACAGGGAGAUACAGGAGCAGAUCUGGUCAAGACAUUAUUAGAAGAGCCCAGAGUCAGGUGGUCACGUGAGCACAGCCCAGGUUGUAGA